UAUACAAAUUUUUAGAAUGGCUGACAAAAAUUAUUUAUUUAUUUUAUAUUUCUGCAUGGCAGUUCGGCAGAUAAACUCAGCUUCAAUAUUUCCGAAGGAUACAUCACUGAUAUAUCUUAACUGUGAUUCAAUAAAGUGUCCUGUUGGCGACAAAUGCCCCACAGAUAGCUUCCACCCUCCGAUACAUGAGUUCAAUGCACAGCAAAAUUGCUGUCCCCCAAAAUCCUGCACUUGCAAGGAAUGUCCCGUCAGCCCAUCAGCCGAAGAUUUUCUCAAAUGCGGCAAGGAUACAGUCCUACUGAUUCAUGAGAAGGGAACUGGCACACCCGGCAAUUGUUGCGAUCAAUACAAAUGCGGUAAGAAGCCAAUUUGUGUUGAUCGCAGUAAAUCCGUCAAGUACUACCCGAAAAGGUGCAUCACAUGCAAUUCGUGUGUAGCGCCACCCUGUAUGGAAGAGAAGGCCUGUGAAGUGGAGAUUGGACAUUGCCUUUCAGACACCAUGGAGGGCAAGAAGAAUGGUUCAAAAUGGACUGAGGAAAAUGGCUGCUCAACGUGUAGUUGUGUCAAUGCCAAAAAAGAGUGUAAAAAACCACUGUGUCAGGCAAGCAAUUGUAAGAAUCCCGAGCGGAUAGAGGGCCAGUGUUGUCCCGUGUGUCCAGAGGAUUUGAAUCCACUACCUAUCAACAUUUACACAGAGGCAUUCGAAAAGCCCACUAUGAAUCCAAUCGAGGCUAUGACGACCAUUGUAUCCGGACCAUCCACGAGCGAUAAAAGUAUUACUUCGACUAUGUCCACCACCAUCCAGCAGCAGGAGCAGCAGAAGCUUCAAACAAUUUCCACUACUGCAAAUGAGCCAAUCGAGUCGGCGAUUUCUAAAGAUUUGCAUAAAACAGAGACGACAAUUGUAUAUUUGCCCACCGAUGCAGUUUCGAUUCUUAUCAUCGAGGAAAAGGAUGAAAUUCCUACCACGAAAAUCGAUAUGGAAGAGAAAUCUACCACAGAGGAAUCAAAUGACACUACAGAUGCAAUUCUCAUGGAAAAAAGUUCUUCCACAGUGGGACCCAUUAGCACUGCAAAUGCUAUUCUCACUGAGAUGCCAGAAAAGGAAAACGAAAACAUAUCGUAUGAUAUUUCAGUUGACUCUUUAGAGGAUAUGAUCACCCCAUCCACCACCUCCUAUCCUGUUUUCUCCUCUUCUUCAUCUACUGAAGAAGAAGGAAUGGAAGAUUUUAGUAGCAGCAGCACAACAGAUGGACCGUGUACCAUUUCCAUCUCCAUCUCCAUGCCCGUGUCGACUAGCUCCCCAGAUUUUCCCAUUCCGGAGUCGACCAGCCAGCAUAAAGAUCUUGUUACAAUGGAUCGAACUUCUCGAACGGUGGAAGAGAGUCCAAGUAAUGAGAAAUUGAACAAGGCUUCCGAUAAUAAUAUUAUAAAUAGUAUUAUUAAGAUUGCUAAGAUUCUUGGUAUUGGCAUUAUAAUAAUGAUAAUUGUUGGUGUUUUAUAUACUUUGUAUAAAUGUUGUACUAAGAAAAAUGAAAUGGAGGAGCCAGAGAUGCUAGGGAAGCCAGAUAAACAAAAGCAAAAGAAGAUGGAGAACAGGAUUUAUACGCCAGUGCCCUCAGAACACAAUCUAAGUCAACACACUGAGACUUCUUCGCUGUUUUUUUUCCAGUGCGGAGUCGAAUCAGAUAAGGAGUAAACGAUCCAAUACAUGUAAAUUUAAAUGUAUUCUUAGUCACUAGAACGAAAUUCAAGCACACACCCACGCACAUUCGCGUACACUUAAUUAGAACUCUUCAGUAUCGACCAAAUGUCCCCGCAUUGUCCGUAAGGUGUCUUGGGUAUCUUUCGACCAUUCUGUGUGAAGUGUGUGUUUCCCCUGAUUGUCCAUGGGGACUUCCUGACAUGUCUCUUGUGAUUCCUUUAUAUUAUUAAUAAUUAAAUUUUUCUCAAGUCCCUAUAUUUAAAAAAAAAAG